UCUGUACAGCCACACUGAAACAUGUCAGUAUAUAUCAUGACUCAUUCCAGCAUAUACAGUACAGAUUUAACUUGAAUAGGUUUAGAUCUAUCACUUUUUCAGCUAAAUACAUCAUUGAACUCUAUAAUAUGAAUCUGACUGUCAGCUUGGCAUGCUUGGCGAGUUGUACAGAGAGAAUCUACUGAACAGAAGGCCUUAUCCGGCCAGAUUUCUCAGGUUGGCCAAUCAACCUCUAACUUCAAUGCUUCAAGAAUUAGAAAACACAGAGGUUCUCAUGCACAUAGUGAGGGACCGCACUUACACAAGUGUGAUUGCAUACGUCACUGAUCUUCUGUCAUAUCAUGACAAUCAGCUUCGACAUAACUUGAAUGCUGUCAAGGGUAUAGGUGGCUGCAUUAGUCAGAUAUAUCAUGACUAUGAUGCUGGCCCAUUUGCAUUUUCCUUGACUGACCUCCAUCAGAGCAAUAUCUUUGUGGACAAAGACUGGAACAUCACUCAUAUAAUUGACCUGGAAUGGGCUGCUUCUCUUCCUUUUGAGUUCAUCCAGCUCCCGCACUGGCUAGGCGGUAAGGAGCUUGAUGCAAUCGACUUAGACCCUUACAACAACCAUGUUGAAGAAUUUACGCGGAUCCUCGAAGAAAGUGAAAAGGAAGGUAGAGGAAGCCGAGAGCCAUCGAUGUAGGUUGUCUCACACCAUACGGUCCGGGUGGAAAAUCGGGACAUUUUGGUAUAACCUUGCUCUGCGGAGUCCGCCAGCCCUGCAUUCGCUCUUCUACGACAGAAUCCAACCCCAGUUCGCUGCGCAGCACUUAAAAGAUCGGGAAUUCUACAAGAUUGUUGGGUUUUAUUGGUGUCGCGAAGCCAGCGCUUUCAUUCGGGCAAAAUGUAGUGACAAGAAGAACUGUGACAUCCAGCUCAGAGAGGCGUUUCAGAUGAACAACUAGGCACAGAAACCGAUGUAUCGCACUCCAAUGCAUACAAAGUUCAGCUCCCACUUCGCCUGCGACUUAGGGUACAUACUUUCUCAGACUUGGUCCACAUUCAUAUGACAUUCAACGACUUUCUUUGGAUUUCCCCUUAUCGUUGUCGGUAGAACCUUCCCCAACCUGCACGUCGAGGUGUGUGUUUUCUGGGACCCGAUCUAAGACAUUCGAUGCCCGUUUCGCUUUCACAGCCGCGCUGGAGCUAGUGGGUUGCUCCAGGGCCUUGAAAUCUGAAACCAAGCCCACCGUCGCCUCUUCUACCUCUGACUCGCGCUGACCUGAACACUGCGAAGGUUUGGAUGAUGACUGCGUGUUUUCUUCGCAUCGUGGGAGUACUCUAUGAGUAGGUUAGUUUUGGAACUUGACAAAGUGAAGAUGACAUACAUGCAUUUUCUCGCUCUGUCUCUGGUAGAGGUAUAAAUUCGAGAAGAUUAGAUCUGUUUUGAUUUAAUAGAACAAAUAUUUUUAGCCUGGAGUUGAAUACGUAGUACUGAAUGGAAGCAAGAAUCGCUUAUCAUGGUCCCAGGAUGGACUCGCUCGGAUGCUGCGCGUAUGGUCGCGUCACCUUUCGUUGGUGCUAAAUUUACAAAGGGAAUUCAUGG